AUGGCUCCCAUCUCGAGCUUCGCGCCGUUUAUGGCGACGGAGAUGACUCUGAACGGCAAACGAGCUAUUCAACUGGUAACGCAGGAUUUCGAAAAUAAGCCCAAGAUUAUCAACCUCAUCGUCCAGCAGGAGCUUGCUGGAUUUACACGAUUUCCCGCGGCAUACGAGUACGUCGACACGCCGAUGGAAGCCAUCUUCGAUUUGCACAGUCCGAGGCAAACCUUACUGCGCAUAGUCGCCGCACCGGGGGUGUCUAUUCACCUGGAAAACUGGCCAAAAAUGUCGACAGACGCAUUGCUUGAAAUUCACCGAAUCCAGGAUCCAGAUGUGUUGCCGCCGCAAGCAACCACGAUUCUAUCCGACUACUAUACGCCGCCUCCAGAGCUCAACCCGCCCCCAUUUCACCUUCCGCCAGGUGUACAGGCAGGCUCGGCUCAGUAUCCCAUGGACUACUUUGUGAUGGAACAAAAGUCAUCAGGAUUGCUCGUGAUAUCGCACCCUUAUAGUACAUUUAGUCUUUCUUUGGACUACCCCAGCCUUUCAACCUCUCUCACGGAUGCGCAAGACGCAAAAGCGAGGUUUUGUUAUCAGGUUAUCCCAGUACCAGGGCAGACCUGGUUGCAAGAGCUGACUGGCAAUGCACGACCGCCCACAUUCACAAUAGUGAAGACAUCCAACAUCAAAGCCAUACUCUCAGGCGGUCCGCCACAAAUCACGGCUUUUCAGUCCGCGUACAAGCUCUCACAAUACACUAUCCCUUAUCAGAUCUAUGAAGCCCCGGAUAUCUUUUCCGUUCCUCCACAGGGGGCAGAUCUUGUUCCUUUUGAGCAGUCCAGCUGGAAAGAUGUGACCACGAAGACAAACUUCAAGACAAACGUCGUUCCAAAUAUUAUUGAUGAUCAGACCUAUGCAAUGUUCCGGACAAACGUCGUUCCAAAUAUUACUGCUGAUCAGACCUAUGCAAUGUUCCGGGGGAUGCUAUCGUUUAUCCCGUAUGUACCGGAGGUUCUCGACAUAGCGGAAUUCGCACUGGCCUCUGCGACAGGCAAGGACUUUUUGGGCCGACGUGUCACGCAAGAAGGGAUGGCUUUACUGGGGUUGAACGUUAUUCUCGAUUUUCUCCCCAUGUCGCUCCUGGCGGUUCUUAAGGUAUUUAAGCGCAAAGUCACGGUGAUACUCAAACUGAGAAAAAUUGUGAAAGCGGCAAACGUCACGGUAGAGGAGCGGGUAAUCCUCAAAGAAGCAGAAAAGUUAAUCCGAAGAGGAGGGAAAGCGACAAAGGAGCAGUUGGAAGCCUUAUCGAACAUCUUCAAGCGCAUGCCAAAUGAGUAUCCGCCGAUUGAACUGCUACUCAACGCAAACGAGAGCGGCUUCUUGCGUGCGGACCUGCAGGAAGGAUACCAGGCUUACAAGGCGAGAAAGUUGAAGGCGAAAGAGGAACCCUUGUCUCCCGAGAAAUGGGCAAAGUCCAACACGACCGGCCAGUAUAGUGAGACCCUUGAAGCAUUGCUCGGAAAAGACUUUCGCAAGACGGCGGCAGUUCGGGCGGCGUCAACUUCCAGUGAGCGAAUGUUCAAUAUCCUGGAAAUAAUGAAGCCGAUGGGAUAUACAGAGGAACAGAUUGCGGCAGACCUCAACUUUGUUCUGGCCCAGAAAACCAAGUUGGCAAAGAGGCUAAAACCUCUACUAGCCGAGCUCGAAUCCACAGACGAAGUCGUUGCCUUCAUGGCGAGGAAUCAAGUGUCGACGGGACGAUUGAACAAUAUCAAAGGAGUAAUUGGCGAAAUAUUCGCGCUUCCGAUGCUGCAAAAGAUUCUCCGCGAGGAUCAUCCGAACUCGUUGCUCUUCACCGAAGUUCAGAUGAAGAGGGCAGGCACUAACGAGGCGAAGCAAUUUGCGGAUAAUAUCAUCGCUAACUGGAAGGGCAAUGAUAUUGGACUUCGAGUCGUUUCCGAGGUAAAGGCCGGGAAAAGGGGUGGUGCCGAAGCCACAUUGCAGAUGUUUGAAUGGGUUGAAAACCGACUGACAGACGGCGACCAGCUGAUUAUUCCCACUGGUUCAAAGUACUACAAUGCACACGGCGUCGAGUUUACGCUCGCCAAAGACAUUCGUGCCAAUUAUGGGCUCCGACCAAGCGCCGAUGAAGCCAAGGCAGGGGUCGGGAUGGUGUCUGGGCUUGCAGGAGCCGAGAGGAUCAUCAUCGCGGCAAAAGGCACAUCCCAGCUAGGCUUGAAGUCUGCAGACCAAGUCGCGGUUAUGGGUAAGCGGCUGGAUUUACCACUGACCGCUUCGCAGAUCGAAUAUCUCAGCGGUCAGCUUAUAAGGGAGCUCGGCAUGUUGAAGAAAUACUAA